GAGCGACGUCAAACAGCGCGGCCUAGUCCACCUCGACGUUGUGUCAGUAAACCCGCGGCGCUUUUGUUUUGUAUCAUUUAAAAAUUAUAUAUAUAUAUUCCUCCUCUAGAGACGCGACAUUUUUUUUACAGCGAGGAGAAGAAGAGGGAAAAAAAAUCUAACUUUGGACUGAUCGACUGCUCGUCCUCACAGGCCGUUGACGACCGUCAAUCUAACUUGCUGCCUGCUGCUUGUCCCGCCUCCCUCUCCGUCCCAUUGGCCGGGCGGUGGGAGAGCGGGCGGGUGAUUAGUGGGCGGCCCUGUCCGUCAGCUUGGGGUGGGCGGGCGGGCGGGUGCGAGCGAGCUAGCGAGGUUUGUGUGCGCGGUGCGCUGCGGCCUGCUCCCCGUUUGUUGUCAUGUCGCUGGCGGACUCUCACUGAGGCGGAUCAUUCUCAUGGUGCAGCUGGCACUGAGUAAGAGACCUUGGGAAGAUGAUCAUAGAGAAUCUGGACGCUUUCAGAUCUUGGUUGUCAAGGGCGCUGGACCCUAUUUGUGACGCUGAUCCUUCAGCUCUAGCAAAAUAUGUUGUGGCUUUAGUUAAGAAAGAUAAACCAGAAAAAGAACUGAAGGCUUUGUGCGUUGAUCAACUGGACGUAUUUCUGCAAAAAGAAACUGUUGGUUUUGUGGACAAACUUUUUGAUGCUUUAAGCACAAAGAACUACGUUCAACGACCAGAACAGCUUGUCCAGGAGACAUUGAAGCAGGACAUGCAGCCUAUGUGGCAAGAGAGGGAGGACAAAAAAGAAGUUCCCCUGUAUGAUGAGGACCAAGAUGGUAAAAAACCUUUAUUAAAGAAAAGCCACAGUCCUUUUAAACCCCUUUUAGGACCUAUUGAUACAAGAGCCCGUGAUGAGAAAAAGCGCGAAGAACGACGGCGCAGAGACUUUGAGAGAUACCCCCAUUCUAGAGAUCUUUAUCGAGAUCGAUAUGACCGUCGUAGGGGUAGGAGUUAUAGCCACAGUCCAUUGAAGACCAAAAGUCGAAGUCGUAGUCGCAGUCGGGACCGGAAUAGAGUACUUGGCCGCAGCAAUAGCACAAGUAGGGAUCAACAUAAGGAGAGAUCAAAAUUUGAAUUGGAAAGAAAUGAGGCCACGGAGAAUAUGUAUGUUCCCAGUUGUACAUCAGUAAGCAGUUCAACUGAGCAGUAUUUUGUUGGAGGGCCCCCUGCUCCGAGUGCAGUAACGGUGGUAGCUCCUGUCCACCAUCCUGACAACACUACUGAGAGCUGGUCUAAUUUCUAUAACAACCACACGGGUUCUAACUCCUUCGGUAGAAAUGCAGCUCCAAAACGCCGGUGCAGAGACUAUGAUGAAAAAGGUUUCUGUAUGCGUGGUGAUCUCUGCCUCUUCGAUCAUGGUAAUGACCCAUUAAUAGUGGAAGACGUCACUCUUCCAGGGAUGAUUCCAUUUCCGCCACCACCUCCGGGGUUGCCUCCGCCAGGCCAUCAGUUGCCUCCGCCUGGACAUCAUUUGCCUCCACCUCUACCAGGUCUGCCUCCAAGCCUGAGGUUACCUCCUGUACCACCACCUGGACAGCCACCUCCUCCUGGUAUCCAUUCUGUAUCUGGACCACGUCCAAUCUCAAAAAGCAGUAUAGAUGGCAUUGAAAUCUCUGGGAACACUACAGUACCCAAUUUGCCGCCACCUGGAUUACGGCCCCCACCUUUACCACAAUAUCCACCAUAUGCAACUUCAGAAUAUAACUAUGAGCCUGAUGGUUAUAAUCCUGAGGCUCCCAGUAUUACCGGUGGUGCAAGACCUCCCUAUCGACACUACAUCCCACGCGUUCAGACGGAGCGUCCUAAUUUGAUUGGAUUAACGUCCAGCACCAUGGAUAGUCCUCAACGAGUACCUAUAAAACUUAAUCAAGCGGAGAUGUGCAUAGCUGCAACUGCCGGCAACAACGCUUCACGUGUGGUCAUUGAACCAGAAUCCAGAAAGAGAACUGUGGUGGCCUUGGAUGGGCCACCAAUGAAAAAACUUUGGAUGGAAAAGCAACAUUUUAACCAUCAAAACAAACAAGGUUUCCAGAAGAAAAUUCAGCAUGCUUACGAUAACACAAAGCUGGAGGUACGCAAGAUCCCAAGGGAAAUGAACACCAUUACCCAGCUGAAUGAACAUUUCAGUAAAUUUGGUACUAUUGUCAACAUUCAGGUUGCAUUUGGAGGGGAUCCAGAAGCAGCUCUCAUUCAGUACUCGCACAAUGAGGAGGCAAAGCGAGCCAUUUCCAGUACUGCCGCAGUAUUGAACAAUAGAUUUAUUAGGGUGUAUUGGCACAGAGAAAACAAUGGGAUUCAACAUCAACAACAUCAACAACAUCAACAACAUCAGCAUCAGCAUCAGCAUGAAGUUCAGACACAACAAUUAGCAGUAUCGCAACACAACACAGUUCAUAAGAUUUUAAAUCGAAACCAAAGUCCAGGGUCUUUUGUGCUAACAAAUACACCAGCAAAGCAACGACUUGGGUCAGUUGGUGGAAAUCAGCCUGACGGGUUGCAACCCUGUUCAAACCAGUUUGGGACAGGUGGAGAAGCUUCGCAGGUGCUUCCUUCAUCCACCAGUCUGGUAAAGGCAGGCUAUAGUUCUUCUAUCACAAAACCAACUCAUAAGUCUAUAGCACAGAGUAAAGCACUUGAAACUAAAGAAGCUCAGAAGAAAAAACAGGAAGCUUUUAAAUUGCAGCAAGAUAUGAGGAAGAAACAACAAGAGAUGCUGGAAAAACAAAUUGAGUACCAGAAGGUAUUAAUUUGCAGGUUGGAAAAGAAUAAAAAUAUGAAAACAGAGGACAGAGCCAAAAUUAUGAAAACCAUUAAUGAUAUAACGGAAAGAAUAUCACAAUUGCGAGAUGAGCUAAAAGCCACAUCAGCACCAACGCCAUCGGUUCCAGCGCAACCAAAAUCUAAAUCUGACGCACAGAAGGAAUUAUUGGAUGCAGAACUGGAUUUUCACAAGAAGCUUAACUCGGGAGAGGAUACGACAGAUUUGCGUAAAAAGCUGAACCAGCUCCAAGUGGAGGCUGCACGAUUGGGCAUUCUUCCUGGAGGACGUGGGAAGACCAUGCAAACACGAGGCAGAGGUCGAGGCAGGAGUGUGAGAGGAAGAGGUGCACAGAUGCAUAUGGUGGUUGAUCACAGGCCCAAAAUAUUAACAGUAUUUGGCUUCACAGAGGAGGAAAAAGAUGAAUUAACGCCACACUUCUCGAAAUUUGGAGAAGUAGAAGAUUUUCAAGAGGAUACUCCUUUAAGUGUUAGAAUAACAUUUAAGUCGAGAAUUGAAGCAGAAAAUGCAGCAAAUCAGGGAGCAAAGUUCAAAGGUCGAAACCUUCAGAUCUCCUGGUACAAGCCAAAAGCACCUUCAGUAUCAACGGAACCAGAGGAGGAGGAAACAAAAGAAGAGCUGUCCAUGAUUCGCUGUAGGAUAUGUGUUUAUGGUUCAUUGAACAUUAUUAAAGAUAUUAAAUUGCUGUGGUCAAAUUCCCAACGCUUAGAUUUGUACGGAACAUCAAUACAGAUGAAAUGGAGAACCACUGCAAGCUUGAAAUUUAAAAAAAAAGUUGGCAGAAGUAUACUUUGCCAACUAAAAAUAGAAAAGUUAAUGCUUUGCUAAAAAAUGGUUUAUCAGAACUGUGGGGGAAAGGCAUGACAAUUUUACAAAUGUUAUGAAAUACAAAAAAUUGUAAUAACAAAUUGUGCUGUUUAAUUCCUUCAAUGUAACACCUUCAAGCUAUAAUUCUUUCAAUGUAACACCACCAAGCUGUCAAUAGCCCUGAAAAUGCAAAAUACUGCAGAUGCUGAAAAUCUGUGAAACAGAAAAUGUUGGAAAUAUUCAGCGUGUCCGGCAGCAUCUGCAGAGUGAAAAAUAGUUAACAUUUCAGAUUGAUGGCCUUUCAUCAGAGUUACAUAGCAUUCUCGAGUGCAUGUUUCUCAUGAUGUAAAUAGAUAUAGAUUUUUUUGGUAAAACCUACAGAUUUUUUUCCCAUUUGUUGAACUAGAUUUGAUCAGAAAAUCUUAAACAAGCUGCAUUUGCAAAGAAUCUGUCAAGAUGUCUUUGCUACGUCUUUAUAUAGGUAAUGACAUUUGUUGUUAGAUACUAUAUUUUAUUUUAUGAAUGGUGAAUUUCUUUUGUAGUCUGUAAUUCCCUGAAUUAAAUCAUGAACAUUG